AUGGGCCCUGCCAUGUCUGGGGCCAUCAGGGGCCUCACAGUGUUUGUGUUGGGUCCUCCCAGGGGCCACACAUCAGCUCUUUCUCAAUUCAUCUGUCCUCGAUUCCUCGCAUCCUCUCUCCUCGCCUCCGCCUCAACUGUAUUGGAGGAGAGGGUCUAAGGUCCUUCCUUUCUGACCUUCUCCUCCAAUGAGAUUUGAGAAGGAGGCGAGGAGCUAGGAUGUGAUGAAUCGAGGAAAGGUGCCACUACAUUGUACAAAGAAGGAUUUUUAAGUCUUGAGACAAUUGAGAAAUUGAUUAUGUAUGUGUGCCAUUCAGAGGGUGAAUGGGCAAGACAAUAUAUUGAAGUGCCUUUGACCGGGGUAUGGCAGUAGGUGCCAGGCACACUGGUUUGAGUGUGUCAAGAACUGCAACGCUGCUGGGUUUUUCACGCUCAACAAUUUCCUGUGUGUAUCAAGAAUGUUCCACCACCCAAAGGACAUUCAGCAAACUUGACACAACUGUGGGAAGCAUUGGAGUCAACAUGGCCCAGCAUCUUUGUGGAAUGCUUUGAACACAUUUUAGUGUCCAUGCCCCGACAAAAUGAGGCUGUUCUGAGGGCAAAAGAUGGUGCAACCAAUAGUAGGAAGGUAUUCCUAAUGUUUUGUACACUCAAUGUAUUUCUGAGAGUGUAUGGGGACCUGAUGUAGAAGGGUACUGUCCCUCGUGCUUUGUCCCUCGUGGCUUCACACUGUUAGCUCAGGGUCCUCUGUAGCUCAGCUGGUAGAGCACGGCGCUUGUAACGCCAAGGUAGUGGGUUCGAUCCCCGGGACCACCCAUACACAAAAAAAAAAUGUAUGCACGCAUGACUGUAAGUCGCUUUGGAUAAAAGCGUCUGCUAAAUGGCAUAUUAUAUUAUUAUUAUAUUAUUAUAUAUCUCUAUGAAGGUUUGUGUGUGUGUGUGUGUGUGCGGGUGGCAUUAACUCCCUCAAAAGAUCCACCACAUUUUAAGGAUGAUUGCAUGGGCUGGAUAUUAUAGUGCAAAUAGAAUUUAAUGAACUAAUGAUAGUAGAUUAGAUCACAUCUUCUAAAGACAAAGACCUCUGAAUCCCACUCUUUGCUAUUAACAGUAAGUUAAUGAGUGAAUGCGUUAAUCGGAUGUGAUUUAUCAUUUUAGGUCAUUCAGAGUGUAUGUCAUAUAAUUUUUCACACAGGGCGCCUUUCCUUCACUGGGAGGGCCGUUUGGGAAAUGUUCUUCUCCAGGCUGAGCGAGAAGAGAGAGAGAGCGAGAGAGAGAACUAUAGAUGGGACAGUUGAACUGGAGACGGGGUGAAGGACUUCUGUUGAUUGCUGGUUGUUACUGGAAACAGAAUGUCAUCCAAGGAGUUAAAAUGUGUUUUUUUUCUCCCUUGUGUGUUUGCGUGUGUGAGAGCGAGCGUGUGCUUGUUAUGACACAAGAGAGAGAGAAGACAGAUAGCCUCCGUGUGUGUGGUUGUGGUUAUGUGUUCAUUUUCCGCGCGGCAGACACAGAUGCUCUCCUAACCCUGUCACAAUUAAAUGUGGCCUCCAUUUCCCAGCUGAGCCUUUGGAAUUGGAAAAUAAAUAUAUAAAUAAAUAUAUAAAUAAUGGAGUAAAUAAAAAAUUGUCAGCACUUCCAAUCUGUUAUUCUUCUCCACUGACCCGGAGUGUGUGUGUUUGUGUAUAUGUACACUCUUAGAAAAAAGGUGCUAUCUGCUAUGACGCAGAUAUAAUAAUGAAGAUUUUGUAUCUGUGGUUCCUGUCGUUUUCUGUCUAAGUGCUGCAGAGAUUCCUUCUGUGUGACCAAAAUUGUCGGUUUUAGGAACAAACUAAAUUAAUCGACAAUAAACUGAGAACGGGAUACAUCUCUCUGAAUAUAAAUAUAUCUUAACACAUUUCUAUAUUGUAUGAAGGGUGAAAAUGUGCUAUCGAGCAGAGCCAGUUGUUACAGUCUCAAGAGUCUGCUGUUAGUGACGGUGUCUGUGUAGGAGACUCAGUUGAGCGGAUCUCUGUGUGUGUGUGUGUGUUGCUAUUCUUCCCCAGGACCACGAUCUGCUCAACAUCCUUUAGGAGUCUGGAAUGCUGGCUGUAAAUUCAUUUGUUCUGAUCCCGACUGGAAUUCUUACCCUCCCAUAAGCUUUACAUUAGCAUGGGUGUAUUUCUUGGUUAUUUCUUCUUAAUCAUUUGAUCGAUAUUGGCAUUUGUCGCACAUCAGUAUGAAAAAUGUAUGCACUCACUAACUGUAAGUCGCUCUGGAUAAGAGUGUCUGCUAAAUGACUAAAAUGUAAAAUGUAAUCAUGUUCAAAUCAAUUUGAGAUACAUUUGGACAUGAUGUAGUCCCCUGUAGCUCAGUUGGUAGAGCAUGGUGCUUGCAAUGCCAGGGUUGUGGGUUCGUUUCCCAUGGGGGGCCAGUAUGAAAAUGUAUGCACUCACUAACUGUAAGUCGCUCUGGAUAAGAGCGUCUGCUAGAAGAACCCUUUUGGUUCCAGGUAGAACCCUUUACACAGAGGGUUCUACAUGAAACCCAAAAGAGUUCUACCUGGAACCAAAAAGGAUUCUAUCUGGAACCAAAAAGGGUUCUCCUAUGGGGACAGCCGAAAAACCCUUUUGGGUUUUUUCUAAGUGUGUGUGUGUGUAUGCACACAUGUGCUUGAAUUUGCUAUGUGUUCACCUAUGCUUAUCUGUGUGUGUCUGUGUCCUCUAAUCUACAGGAACACUUCACCCCAGAGUGCAAGUUCAAAGAGAGUGUGUUUGAGAACUACUACGUGACGUACUCGUCCAUCCUGUACCGGCAGACCCAGUCGGGCAGGGCCUGGUACAUCGGCAUCAACCGGGAUGGACAGGUCAUGAAGGGCAACAGGGUCAAGAAGACUAAGGGGGCCGCCCACUUCCUACCCAAACUCAUCGAAGGUACAGUACAGUACAAUACAAUACAAUACAGUAGGAAGUUAAUUAUGCUCAUUAUUUGUAUCUGUCAUUUUGUCACGUUUGCUUUAUAUGACGUACUCCGGUCUCAUUAAAAAAAAUUAUUUGUUCAGUUCAAUAUUAUUCUGUCUCUCUCUUUCCUUUUCUCACACCCCUUCCCCUCCCCCCUCCCCCUACAGUGGCUAUGUACAGGGAGCCCUCGCUACAUGAAGUGGUGGUGGUCGCGGAGUUGAGUUCGCCCAGGAAAAUGGCCAAGGCCUCCGAUUCACCUGUGCUGCAGAACGGCAAGAAAGACCCGCCCUCGAAAACCAAAACCUCCUAG